AUGAAGAAGUUUACGCUAUCCUACAAUACGGACAGUGAUUCGAAUAAAAGCGCCCACAGUUCACAGACGGUGAAUGAAGUUGGAAGUGAGAAAGCUCCACAGCGUACCAUCGUACUGAAAAUAUUUCUGACCCAUCUCAGCAGGACGACAACUAUCAAGGUGACUGGAGAUGCAGUGAUAUGGGAUAUAAAAAACAAGCUGUCGAAAGCCUUUGAUAAACAAAUCCCUGACUCCCUGAAUAUGGGUUUCUAUCUUCCAAGUGGUGGUGGAAAAUUGGGAAAGUUUCUGGAAGAGGAGCGACUACUUUCCGAAUAUAGUGGAGACAAGGAAGAACUUGAGUUGGAAGUAGGUUUGAGUAUGUUGCAAGCCGGUGCAAUGGGACUCAUGGACAAAUUUUCAAAGGUAAGAUUUGCUGACAUACUUGGAAGAAACGUCAUUAUAUUGACAAUCAAGGAUGUGCAGAAGUCGUUUAUUCGCUAUGUGACACGUGGGGAUCACAAAAAGGUUUCGAGUAUCCUGGCCAAAGGCUUUGAUCCGAAUUUUCAUUGCCAAAAAACCGGAGAAACUCCACUGACGAUAGCUGUCACUCGGAAUAAGCCACAGGCAAUGAUUACAGCUCUUGUAGCAGGCGGAGCUCAAAGAGAUUACUUCUCGAAAUUCGGUCUGACUCCGUUACAUAAGGCAGCCGCUGUGGGAAACUAUGAGGCCGUUAAGACCCUGUUGGAUUUUGGCCAAUCGCCCAACACCAUUGACAAGGUUGGCCUGACACCACUGUACUACAACAUUUUAAAUGAUCAGGACACGAAAAUUUGUCAUAGCUUGCUGUAUGAACAUUCUCAGUUGGGAAUAUGCGACGCAGAAGGCUUGCAAGAAAUUCACCAGGCUGCGCGGCUCAACCGAGUGGAACAGAUUAACCUUUUGAUUAUGUACGGCGCCGAUGUGAACAGCCGGUGUGUUCCACCAAAUGGGACAACAGCUUGUCUGCCAGCAAAUAAGCUCUAUCCCAUGGCCACAACCAAUGACACGCCACUUCACGUGGCCGCCGCAGCUGGACAACGUAAUGCGGUCAUGCGACUGUUGUCAUGGGGAGCCGAUCCGACUCUCAUCAAUGUGUCAAACCAAACAGCGAUUCAGGUGGCCCAGUCCUGUGAUCAUAUGGAACUGGCUGACGCAAUUCGUUUCUUUCGGGGAGACGUACACCACAGUCUCUACGGUGGACCAUUUUUACCAACGCCAACCUAUAAUCCAAAGCGCAGGAUGCGAAAGGCCCCGCAAAGUUCGCAUAUCUCUGAGCCAACCAUGUUGGUGCCCACUGCCUCAAGACCCAAGGAGCCUGGUCCUCGAACAGCAUACAGUUCACUUCCAACUCCAGUGGAAGAAGGCAAUAUCGCCAGAUCUCCAAGAAUAAAUGGGCACUCAACGAACACGUGUUCUACGAUGCAGCGUGCAAUGUCAAUGUACAAUCUAGCUGAAAAUGGACAGAAGGCCAGUGCACAGUUUCCAUUCCAGAAGAACUCUACUUCCAUUAGUCCCACAGCAGUGUGCGGUUCCUUCUUCAUGGCUUCGCAAAUCUACUAUGAUAGUCGAGUCAUGGAUUCAACUGCUAGUGUGAGUGCAACACUGUCCAGGAGACCAAAACUGGCAUCCCGAAAAACCGAUGAACUCAGUGGUCCAAACGAUAUGCUUCCCCACAAACCGAGAGAAAUUCAGAAGCCAUACGUUCCCAAACAACCAGAUUUCACCAUGGUCAUGAGGGAUGGCCCAAGGCAUUUUUCUCGACUGGAUCGUCCAGAACUGUUAACCUCCUUUGUACCUCCAGGAGCUCCGUGCAGCAAAAGAGAGUCGAAUUGGAGCCGUGAAUUCCAACGAGAGGGAAGCCAAACGGAUAGUGGAAUAAGUAACUCAUCAUCUGUCGAAAAAACGGUCCACUUAAAUGCACUUAGAUCAUCACCACAAGCAAAGCCACUCAAUGGCCGAAGUCCUCCGGUCGCCUACGAGGCAUCCCAUGACGAAGUGAUCCAAUGUCUCUCUGGGGCGGUAUUGGAUUCCGUAUGUCUGACGAUUGUCAGUCCAGUGAUCCAACAUCCAUCAGCUCCGAAACCACCGCCACCCCAACCGCAAGUAUCUGCUGAUCAGACCACACCGGCGGCAGUGAUGAACAAGAGUGACCCUAUUUCCGAUCAGUCGACGAGCGCCAGCACGAGCUCCGCUACAUAUUACAGUAUGCCUGUUGAUGAUAAUUCUAAAGGUUACCAAGUUCCCGGCCAGAGUGCCAAGAGUGGACGACCUGUACUGUCUACGGAGAGCUCAGAGCUUUCCUCGGCACGGAGCUCGGACCGCACAAACUACGAAGGUGUAUGGAGUCAGUCGACAGGUACAAGCAGCAACAAUGUAUCUGCUCGAAGCUCACUGGUAUCACGUCCUCACACCCUGAACAUAAGCACCAAAUCAGCAGAUGUGCCUCCCGCAGUUCGUCAAUAUUCUGGCAGCAAACUGGAUGUUCAGAUCAACGCAUUACCUCAACCUCCAAAAGUUGUUGGUUUGACACGAUCAAGGACAACAUCCGGACUUGCUGAGGUACACAGCACAACUACCGAUUCCACUUCCCUAGCACAAUCCCUAUACUUUGCAAGGCACCCCAGAUUUCGCAGGAUAGGAUCUCAUGAUUCACAAUCUUCUACGUCCUCCGUUGGCGUUCCUGCCUGUCCAACUCAAACAAGGAAAAUUCCCGUGAGAUCCAGGUCUGGUGUGCACACAGAGCCACGUAGUCCCAAGAAUAUGAAUCUUCCUCAGAAGCUUGAAAAACCUUGCAACGGGUCGCCGGGCGGAGCAAAAAUUACAGUCAUCAAAGCCGACCGUGAGGCUUCCAGACAACGAAUUUCUUCCGCAGAGACGAUCAACUCAAAUAAUAUACGCCACUAUCCGGCUAUUCAGAGACGCUCACCACCUACUAACGAACAAGUUAAUCCAGAGUUGGUCCUCCUUCCUCCUCCAGCACAGUUUCGUUGAUAGCUUUGACUAUUUAAAAAGCGCAUUUUAGCGCUUCUACAGUACAUUCCAAAUUCCUUUUCAGGAAUAGCUCUUUCACUAGAUGUACAGUGAUUUAUUCUAUACUGUGAUAGUGAUUGCACAGAUAAGGAAACAACGCUCGUUUGUAUCUUCAGAUAACUGAACUAAUACCAAUAAGAUUUUGUCUACCAUUUGCACUUUCCUCAACUCUUUGGCUUCAGCAUAUUAAUUGCCUCUAAA